GCUGAUGUAAAAUACAUGUUCCUUUUUUAAAUUCCAGUUGACUAAUCAACUCAAAUGGAAAUAAACUGCGGUUUCGAUGAUGUUGAAGAUCAGCUGGAGAAUUUCGUCAUUCGGAGAAAGCAACAACAAGGAAAGUCCACUGAUUCAGCCGAGUCUCGCGCAAAGAUCUACGAAGAUAUACCCCUAACACUAAUGCACAUAUUGCGGGCAACUGAAGAUUCAGAAAGGGAACAUGUUUUUAUAACACAUAAUAAUAAUGGAGCUCCGAUACAUUUUCGCACCUGUAUUGUUUAUGGUUUUGUGGCUGGAUUUGGAACCCACAACGACUACUUCAAUAAAUACUUGAUUGAUGAUGGCACAGGAUCAUUAGAAGCAAGUAUUGCCAAAAAGCCAGGCAAUCGGGAGGUAAUUUCCUGCCUUUACAAUGAAGUCACAUCCCUUGGCUCUUCCGAUGCUUUUAAGCCUUCGGCCGAAAGAUUGAUCAGAAUUUUAAAGUCCGCCAUGGAAUGUAUAGAUCCCUCGCCCAUAGCGAGGGGCAAUAGCCUGUUCCUGAGCGGUCGUCCCAAUAUGUUCAGAGGAAAAGUGGGUAUGGAUGCCUUUCAUUUCUUCAUAGACAGCGGCAGAUCACGGGACAUGGAAAUGGGAUUCGCAGAUUACUUAACUGACUGGCACGAAAACUAUAGCUUAUAACUUAGUGUACAGCAAACAAACAUAAAUGAUUUUUUUAUAUUGAAAUUUUACUGGUAAUAAAAAAUCAAAUUUUAAAUAAAGAGAA